AGCCCCUUGUAGGAGACAUGACAUUUUGUAUGCCAUAUGUAUCUCCAGAUUUGAAAAGGUAGAUUAUUGGUAUUUAUUACGCGUCAGGAUGAUUCUAAGGUGCGCUUUGAAAUCCGCAUCUUCCGUUCUGCGGGAAAGCAGCGCUGUUUCCAGCAAGAAGCUGAACUGUGCGGAGAUUGUCUCUAAACACGGUGCUUUUCGCACAGUGGCGUUACCUGUGCGACCUUUAACAAGUUGCUUUCAUAAUAGAUGGGCUUCAGAUUCUGAAGAGGUGAAAGGUGAUGGGAGCUUUGCUGUGCAAGCAGUGAGACACUAUGCCAGAGCCACGAGAAGAAAGGCAGAGAUUCAGAGUCAGCUGGAUGAUCUCCCCCCGACCUUGCUGAAGAAGGAGUACACCCCGGUCCCUCUGGCGCAGACCACGGACGACGUGGUCAGGAGGCUCUUAACACUGGAGCUAGCAAGCCACAAGGAGAAACUGACCGUGAAAAAAGAACAGCUGGUGGCCAAAGUAAGGAGGCAUGAAAAUGACCACAGCUCAACUGAGGUGAAGGUGGCCCUUCUGACUGCGCGAAUCCGGAAUUACCGGGAGCACCUGCAGAAACACCCCAAGGACAAAGCCAACAAGAGGCGGAUGCUGAUGGCCAUAGACCGGAGGAAGAAGCUGCUUAAGUACCUGCGCCGGACACGCUACGACACCUUCGAGCACGUCUGCCAGCAGCUGGAUAUCACCUACACCUUCCCCCCCGAGUACUACAGGAAGGUGACCCGGCGCUGGCUGGCCAAGAAGGCCCUCUGCAUCAAGGUGUUUAAGGAGGUUCAGAAGCGGAAGAAAGAGCAGAGGCUGAGAAUGAGACAGGCGGCCGCCGCUACAAAGGCAGAAACAGCCGAGAAGUUGCCUGCUGAAGUCCCAGAAAGUGCAGCAUGAGGAUGGAUACUCCAGCACUCUGAACUGAUUGGUUAUGUCUGGUCACGGCUGCUUCAGUGGGAAGAAGCCACAGACAAGAAACAAACAGCAUGCUUUACUG